AAUGUUGCACAGACACUAGGGGAUGGUUUGAAUAUAUUUUGUAGAUAACCUUGGAAUUGAUUGACAUUUACUGAGGACUGAGAUCCACCCCACCUGAGGUCUAUCCUAUCCUCAAGUAUCCAAAACAAGGGGACGAACGUAACUAGUUUUCUGUUAGUUAUUCGAUUCAUCAAGGCAUUCCCCAAUUUUGUCUUACUGUGCAAGAUUUUUCUUACCAAUAAAAUCCAAAACAACGAAUAUACCCUUACACAGGAUUUAUGACGAACCUCUUAACACCACCCACAACACGAGAGGAUCGACGCCAUCACUAGCCCCACGUCGAAGUCACAGCUACGCCGACUCGUGGCCGUUUAGGAAGUUUUGUACGUGUGUUAGGCGUCGCCCACACCCCCCUGGGGACCACCCUCCCACUCCCGAAGCGGGCACGUCGAGUACGCUGAAGAACGACCCGUGAUUCCACGUAGUAUGGCCACGGUCAGGAGAGAUAGGUAAUUCCGACAGCCAGUCGGGCAGCAGCCCCUGUAUGUGCGUACACGGGCGGACAGACGCAUCGUGCAUACACCUACACGGCCACCUACACCAACAGCGGUCGCGGGUACGCCCUUCCCGAGCGAGAUGAGUAGGUACGCCGAGGCUCGAAGCCACCCCGUCACGGAGAACGCUUCGGGACUUCGCGCGACUCCCUCGGCGUCGUGUCGGAACGACCACCAGCCCCGUUGUCCGUCUGGGGAUGCUCGACUUUUGAUCAGCCGCGAAGGAUGGGCACAGGAGACAGAUUACUUGAUAUACUGUGUAAUGUAUGCGGUGAUCGUAGCUCCGGAAAACACUACGGCAUCUACAGUUGCGACGGUUGUUCAGGAUUUUUCAAGAGAAGCAUCCACAAUAGUCGGGAAUACAUUUGCAAGGCGCAGGGUGCUAUGAAAGGGCGCUGCCCCAUCGACAAGACACACAGGAACCAAUGCCGUGCUUGCCGUCUUGCUAAGUGUUUCGCAGCUAACAUGAACAGGGACGCAGUGCAACAUGAACGUGGCCCGAGGAAACCGAAGCCUCAUUCGAUGCACUCCGACAAACAGUCACCGAUUGGAUCACCUGUACACCGGCCUGGCUCCAGCUAUAUCCUAUCAUCUCACAGGAGAUUCAGAUGCGACCAGAGGUUCACACCUUACCCACGACCAGUGGGUCUGGUUCAGAAACCACCAGAGGACUCCCAGUCCCCUGUGCCACUGGCUCUGUCUCAUUCUCCUUCGACCACGACCCUCUACUCGGCGCCCCCGACCGUCGCCCUGGCACCGCAACCACCCCUUCUUCAGAUACUAAUGUCCGCCGAGAAGUGUCAGGAACUCGCAUGGAAUGCACGACUGCAACCGGAAUCCGAAUAUUCCCUGGAGCAAACAGAAACCAGUCACAAUUCGACGGGGACUUUGCAAAAUCUAACUCCCAUUCGGGAACUAUUACAGGAAACAACAGCUCGAUUACUGUUCAUGGCCGUGAGAUGGGUUCGCUCUCUGCCACCCUUUUUGGCGCUCUCGAAGAACGAUCAAUUGUUGCUACUGGAAAGAUCCUGGACGCAACUGUUCCUCCUUCAUCUCGCCCAGUGGUUCAUAUCCUGGAAUCCUCCUGGGCUACUGGAGGACGAACAAAUACGUGGAAGGCUACCGAAAGACGAAGCAUCGACGAAUCAAGAUUUAAUUACCAUCCAGUCCAUAAUAUGCCGUUUCAGGCAACUCGCCCCCGACGUCGGCGAAUGUGGAUGCAUGAAAGCAGUCGCCCUGUUCACUCCAGAGACGGAGGGUCUCCAGGCCGUCGAGUCGAUCAGGAUGUUACAAGACCAGGCCCAGUGCAUUUUGGGGGAUUACACGACGUCUCGUUAUCUUCAGCAACCAGGCAGAAGCGGGACGCUCAUGUACCUGGUCGGUUAUCUGAAAUCCGUCGCCUCAAAAACGGUCGAGCGUUUGUUUUUCCACGAGACCAUAGGCGAGAUUCCCAUCUCCCGUUUGUUGGUCGACAUGUGUCAGAUGUGAGAAGCCACGCGAACCCCUAACCAAACGGCGACGAGUAUUUCAUUGAAUUUCGCGCAGCUUUCCAAUGCUCUUUCGAUUUUCAACGAAACAUUAUGAAUUGGGAAAGUUUUGGAAGUCUGUGGCUGAAGACUGUAACUAUAGGUGUAUGAAAAAGAAUGAUCGAUCUCUUUGCGAUCGUCGUGGUCCCUUCGAGGCUACGCGAGCUGCAAUAUUGCUGGUUAGCACUCGCGACGCUUUAUUAGCGAUAUCAUUUGCAGUAGCACGACGUGUAAAUUACGUUUUAUAGAUACGCAGUUUUCGGAGAAACCACUGCCACAACGACUGUAAACGAUCAUUCGGUUGAACGAAGUCGUGUACGAGUAAUGUUUGUAAAGUACUUGAAAACAAUCGUUCGAUCUCUUUGUAUCAUCAGACUAUUUAUUGCGAAUAUUGAACAAUGCAUAUCAGAAUCUUUUCGCAUUUCUCAUCGUCGGUAGUAGUUUUCUUUACUUGUACAGUUUGUUUUGUAAAUAUGUAUGUUUUUUAGAGAGACUCAUACUUCGAAUUAGAGAAAUGGGAUGAAGAAACGAACGUUGUUUAAAUGUUAGAAUUCAUCGAGGAAGAACGUAUUCAGAUUGUGUUUAUUUUGUUGCAUAAUUGUGUAAGCAUUUUAUUUUUCGAGUUUCUUGUGUUUAAACGAAUGUUAUGAUCGAUGGAGGCCCCUGGAAUUAUACGUAGUAAGAACUGUACACUUUCUAUGGAAAAUACACAAAUGUAAAAGUUAAACACAUACUGAAAACCUCGAUUACUCAUACAAUUUGGAAAUGUAUAAAAUAUUUCAAUCCAUAGUUUUGUUUAUUUCUAAGUAUUCGAAUAAUCGAGGGUAUAUCAUUAUUAUUAAUAUGAAUCAAUUAAGUGUUUUAUUUGAAAAUUCUCAUAUUUUAGUUUCCAAAUGUCUAAAUGUGUUUCAAGCAUACAAUAGAAUAUUAUCUGUCUACGUCAAUGUCUUACAUAUCAACGUGAUCUCUUUCUUCUUCUUUUAUAGAUUACAUUAUCUAGGUGUUAUUAAUUGUAAUUUAACAACUACGCAUUGUACUCUAAGCUCCGAUAUAUGACAGCGUUUUAUUGUUUCACAGUUAUGUUUUAUACGUGAUUUUAUUUUAUGAUAACUAAUUACUAUUUGUUUAUUCGUAUGAUAUAGCAUUUGUUAUUGUAUUUGUUUCCAAGUCCCAGACAUCAAUGUACUUUUUGUAAAAUAACAGAUUUCUGUUUCGUAGGCCAGCUACUGUGUUUAUACAAUGGUAGCAAAGCAAUUGUUUAUACGAACUCGCGAAAGCAACGGACGAGCGAAACGAAAUUGUAAAAAGCAGUAAUUACAAUUAGUAUUAAUGGUGCUUUCCCUAUCUAAUCCUUCGUCAGUGUACAAAUUUGACAUUUCAUUCAUUAAAUUAGUUUUUAAACGAUGCAGUCCUUGUCAUAACUAUCAUCUCCAAUACAUGUAAGGUGUACAUAUUAAUAAUACUUUAAGACAUUGUUAAACUGUUAUUGUAAUAAAAAGAAAAGU